CUCACCACACUGUCCUUCUUUAGGUUUCAGUCAACUACAAGAACCUUGCGGGCUUCUGUACACAAAAGUCCGGUUUAAACAGAGGCUAAAUAUUUGUGUGUAAUCAUCAUGGGCUGGAUUCUGCACUUUAUGGCUCUUCUUAGUGGACUCAUUGGUUAUGCGGCAGCAACUCAAGACUGUGGCACAUGCUAUCAGCUAAACAUGGAGAUUGUUACUGGUAUCAUUGCUUGUGAUAUAAUUCUCACAGUUCUUAUUAUAAUCUCAGUCUAUUGUUUUGCAUCAUGGGAAAAAAAGAAGAACAGCUUGCAUACACGGAAGAAAUCCAUCGAGACAGAGAAAGGCAAAUUUCGGCAGUCAUCGAGCAGACCGAAGGAGGUGGAAAUUACAGAGUCGCCUUAUCAGGAACUAUAUGGAGUACAGUCAGAUAUAUACAGCGAUCUUCACCAGUAUCGGAAAUAAUUUCUACAGUCACUACUCUAUCCAGGGUUAUGGUGGAUCUGGAGCGUAUCAAAGGAAUGUUGGGCACAAGGAGAAGAAACACUCGGAAUGGGACACCAGUUCAUUGCUGCAUACAAUGAACACGUAUUUUCACAAAGCAAGGUGCAGUUUAAGCAGUCAACCUACUAGAAUGUUUCUGAGAGUUGGGAGGAAACCAGAGAACCCUGAGGAAACGAAGAACAGAUGCUUCACACAAAGCUUGCUAACUCCUUAAAUGCCAUAAUCUUGUAAUCUUGUAACCUUUCACUCUACACAUUCCUCUUCAAUGCCAUAGCCUUAGAACCAUUUCUGUAAUUCUGUAAUAUUUAUUUACUGUGUACACUUUCAUAUAUACCGCCUGCUGUAAAUAUGCUAGAUAUUUAUCUGCACUUUUGCACGACUGCUACAUUUUGCACUUCUGGUAGAUGCCAAACUGCGUUUCGUUGCUGUGUACCUGUACUAAGCAAUGACAAUAAAGUUCUA